UUGGAUAUAUUGCAUUUUUUUAAUGCGGUCACACUGACAGCCGACGAAAAAGUAUCUAUACAAUUAAGUGGAAAUACAAUAUGAGCUUUUGUUAAUAAGUUACCAAAAUGAAUGAAUGCAUAGUCGAAGUGGAGUACCAAUAUGUUGUGUUAAAAAAUAUGUUUCAGGUAAAUGGUUUCGAUAUAAGCAAUAUGCCAAGAUAUGAAGCGGUUCAAAAGUUCCUUCAAGCUAAAGAAACCUUAGUAGUUGAAUUAUGCAGGCAGAAGCACAAUGCAUUAGGAUUACAGGAAGACGCCUACACCGAACAAUCAGAUGCCAAUAAAACGGUUCCAAACGUUUUGCAAUUAAAGAAUUCGGAACUGGAAAACGCAACAUCGGAAUCGGUUACAAAAAUUUCUAGUGCCUCUCAACCAGUUAAGGUCAUCCCAGCCCAGCCAACAACUAAUUCGGCUUCGGAAGUGACAGGAACAAAAAGUCCCAUCGUCUUGACUCUAAGGGCUUUAGGCCAUGAAGAAGGCUUGGAAAGCUGUACAGUUUUGGCCGCAUCGAAGGAAACCCAAACUUUAAAUUCCGUAGACUCCGAAGUGUUGAGGGAUAGUGACAUGGUCCAAACGAUAGCAGACCAUUUUAUCGAGCAGGAACACCACUUGUUUGAACAAUGCCUGGAACCGGACAUCGAUUUUGAGGAAGUAACGCUCAUCAAAGCGGUGGAAAAUUCAACUAGCGAUCAAAUUGGGCUGAUUGUUUGUUCUUCUGGAUUUCAGUCGUCAAAUAUCGAUGCGAAUAAAGGCGAUAUACUGUGCACUGAUUUAGAGCAAGGCGAGGAUGUGUUUAUUAGUGGUAUUCAACUGCAUAGUAUAGCCCAUAGAGAUGGUCGCCUACGGCAAGGUGAUCAGAUUCUUCGCAUUAAUGGUAUGGACGUGAAAAACCAGGAGGAGGUAGAAACACAAAUAGCGGAAAGUACCACCUCAGUCACGCUUUUAGUUAGUCGAAUACUAUACCCUGAAGACGAGGAUGACGAAGAUAUUAAUUUUGAUUAUGCCAAUUCGUUCCUCCCAGAUGACUACACAAAUGUAGUGGAUAAAUUGGAUAGGGUCUUAUUAAACCAUGUUCAGUCCAUGGAAGAUCUUUCAAAGGAAGACGAUGAGCGUUCAGACAAAUAUCAUUUACCAUCGGAACAGCAUCCAUUAGAAUCGAACGUUAGAACAUCCUCUUUACCGAAAAAAAUAAUUGACCAAACUAGUGAAAUAAAACUUCAUUCGGAUGCAUGUAGGGAUCAUCGAAAAUCUUUAAACCGAUCUUUAACGCAAAAUCAAAUUAAUUUGCGGUAUGAAUAUGACGAAAGCGAGCACAUUUACGAAACCAUUCCAGAAGAUUUUGAGUCUGAACCGCUGUACUGUUCACCGUAUCAAAGUUCAAAUGGCAAAACGUCAAUGGGUUCCUGUUCAACCGAAAUUGCAUCGACCGAAACGACAAUGCAGCAACAAACUCACCGAGUCGCUCAAUGGUUAGGCUUAAAACCGCAAUAUCCCAAAACUCUUGUUGGUCGCCCCCCCUUAAAAUUGACCCAGCAACCAACUUGUAGUCGUGUUUUUACAUUACGCAGCACAUUAACCAACACAAGCGGAUCCAGCAGUAGUGGAGUGGCAUACAGCGCUGAUGGACCAAAUAAUAUAGUUAGCGGAAACAUGGCUCCUGGCGAAGAGCUUGAUAACUCAUCAAGUGCCUACAACACUGGUGGCUCAAACAAUAGCGCUUCUCCUCAUCAAAAUACCAAAAAUGUUAACGACAUUAUUACCGUUAGCCAUAAGCUGGAAAACACAGAAAUUGACGGCCCUAAAGGGGCUUUAGACUCAACUGCAAUAAACAGUAUGCUGCUGAUACCAUUCGGCAAGUCUGGCCGUAUUGGUCUCUGUUCUUCCAAUCUGCCAACAGCGUACGUCAGCGAGAGACAACGUAAGGUUGCGUAUGAAAAUGAAAACCAUCAGCCUAAAAACCAUCUUAAAUUAUUGACAGUCAAGCCAACUGAGGCUGGGAAUUGUCCAGAAUUUAACGCUCCAAAUUUAAGUAGCUACCAAUUCGUAAGUAGCCAAGAGGUGACAAACAGAUGCCAGAGUUUUACAAGUCAAAAACAAAACACCGAAAAUAGUGACGAAAUACCAAUGGUUUGGAAAGUUAAGAGACGACCGGAUGGAACCCGAUACAUUGUAAAACGGCCAGUACGUAAUCGUACCGAAGUUGGAUUUCGCAGAAGCAUGCGCUUUAACGAGCUUACAACAACAGAGGAAGAUACAGUGUCUGAAGUCAAAAUUGGUCGCUAUUGGACAAAGGAAGAACGCAAGCGUCACAUUGAACGAGCUCGGGAAAGGCGUCAUCUUCAGACACAGCAACAGCAGCAAUAGCCAAAUUACCAUUAUUAUUUUUUAUUAUUAUGCAGUAUAUAGCUUUAAAAAUACAUUUUCUUUUAUUUAAUUCUAAGUGACUAUCACAACAGAUUUAACGCUUUCUUAGGUUGUCACGACAAUCGAAACUUAGGAUUUACAUUCAUAAGGUAGUUUUCACGUUAGUGUGUAAUCAAGGCUUGUAUUUACUCCUAAAAAUGAUGGCUUAAUCGAAAUGUAGUUUUGGUUAUUUCAAAUGAACUCAUAAUUGGUCUUAGGCUUGACGAACUUUAAAAUUUCAUAUACGUAUAACUUAUUAUUGUGAACCGUUGUAAAGGAACGUUUCACACAUAUUUAGGUUUCGUUAUUAAUCGUUCCUAUAAUAGUUAUUUGUUAUUGUAAUCAUAUCCAGUCAUACAGUUAUCGUUGAUGCUGAUGUAUGGUGUACAGUAUAUACACAUAUUACUUAAUUUUAAAAAGGUCUUAUUAGUUAAAACAUAACGAGUAUUUUUUAAGAUAAGAUAAGUAAUAUUGUUUCCUUAUAAUAAAGAAAAAUAAAAGUGUA